AAAUUCAAUGCUAAGCACCGAAACGUCAAACAAAUAUUUGAUUUAGUUCGUGUUUAAUAAUUUUUUUCUUUAAGUUAUAUUAUUCGUUUUACAAUAUGUCUAUGUCUGAAGGAGGAGUGAGUAUAGAUACAGUGGCCACAAACGAGGUGAAUUUAACUGAAAAUGAGUCUCCUGCAAGUCCUGAGACAGAAGCUUUGCAAGAGGAAGCCCCAAUUGACGUUGUCGGGGAACAAAAGUUAGAGGAAACGCAGGAAAAUGAAGCAGAAAAGGAUGCACCGGUUGGUGAAAUUAAUAGAGCCAAUGUCACAGAAGAAAAUGAGAAAAAGGGUGCAGAAGAAGAAGAAACACCAGUAAUGCCAGUAGAAAAAGAAAGUGUGGAAGAAGGUGAUGUAGUAAAAGAAGAACCGGUCCAAGUUGAUCAGAAAAAGGAUGCACAAGAAGAAGAAACGCCAGUGAUACCAAUAGAAGAAGGUAAUGUAGCAAAAGAAGAAUCGAUGCAAGUUGAUCAGGAAGAAAAAUCAUCUCCGGUCCAAGUUGAUGAGAAAGAGAAAACAACUGAAGCUGUAGAUAAAAAUAUUGAAGAUGUAAAAAGCGUAGCUGGAACAGAAGAAUAUGACUUUGGGCAUUUAGUGGCACCGGAUGCAAUAUCAGAAAUGUCAUUUGCCUUACUACCAGAAGAACUGCCCAAAAUCGAAGAAUCGUCUAAAGAGACAAUAGCAGAUCAGUCGGAAACAGAAGAACCAAAAAAGAAGAAAACAUCAAAAAAGAAAAAAAUACGACCUAGCAUUGUAAAAAGAGAGUCAGACGAAUAUCCGAGUCUUCGCAUAUCAGGCAGUCAAUCGCUUCUUAUCACUGGAGAUUUUGCAAUUGCCCCAAUUGGCAGCAAACCCCAACUGCCAUCACUUUACUCCGAAGCCACAGAAGACGAAGGAGAAGUUGAAGAAGAGGAAGAAGUGUCAGAAGAAGAAGAAAUACACGAAAUGACUGAAGCAGAACGCUUGGAAUAUUACCAAAAGUACGACCGCCUUUCCAAAGAACACGACGAAGUGAAGCUCAAAAACGAUGAGCUUCUGAGGAGACUUGCAAACUACUACAAGAGGAAAAAAAUGUACCAUGUGUUACACGAAGGCAAGGUCCAGUUAGACGCUCAGAAAAAAUACGAAAAGCAGUUGGACGAUUACAGCCUCCAGGCUGAACAAAGCAAGAAAGAACAGUUAGCCCUUCAGACGGAGAUUGCAGAUUUGAAGCAACGAUGCACAGUUCAGGAACGAGAAACUAAUGAAGCUUUCGAAAAACUGCAACGUGAGGAGUUUGAGGUCGGGAAAGAAAUAAUCAAUUCGGAAGCGGGCAAAGGCCAUGAGGAGAAAUUUAUCGAGAGGUAUUUGAAGCGACAAAGAAUUCAACUAAAUAAUUUGGUCAAAGUGCGCUAUGACUAUAUCAAAAUCCGAAACAAGUUGAACGAGACGCAGGAAGCCCUGAACGCUAUUGAUAAUCUCGGCUCAAAUCUCCAUCUCAUCGACUAUGAGCAACUUAAACUAGAUAACCGGAAUCUUCAAGAUAAGUUCGAAGAGAGAGACUUGGAAUUGAACAGAGUGCGGCGAAAGUGCCAGAACGCCGUCCAGAUUUUGGCCCAUCGCAGGGAAAAGAACGCAGCUUUAGAUGCGGAUAUAACUUACUUGAAUGAAAGACUCGAAGGUGUAAGUGGCGAGUAUGAGGACGUCAGGGAACAGCUCAAUCAGUUAAAGAUGGAAAGGGACGGUUACAGGGCUGCCACUAAUAAGAUAAUAGCGAAUAGUGGGUUGUUGAGCAGACCAACGUUGCUGAGGGACUUGAUGAACACUAUGGAGGAAAUGGAAGAAUUGGAAAAAAGGUUGCUUGAUAUCAAAUGGGAAUGUGAGACUGUGAACAACAAAGUAAAGAAGAUUAGGGAAAAUAUGGCUUCGGAAACGAAAAUGAACAAAAUCAGGUAUAUAAUGGAAGGGAAAGAAUUUUCAGAUAGCUUUUCUGGGGCGACUCUCAGUAAUGUAAUGGUUGGAACUGUGGCCGGUUAGGAUCUUGUAGUGUUUGUAGUGUUGAUAAGUAAUUGUACGGUUAGUGACAGGUGUAUUUUUUGUUAGGGACUUAUUGUAGGGACGUGUAUAUUUACAGCAAUAAAAUCUAUAUGUAUUUGUUA